AUGACUCACCCUAUUUACAAUUUCGACCAGCUGCAACACCUGAUUUACGACCUAUUCAUGACUUUCAACGAACCCAUAAUCACGUCCUUACUUUGGAUACUACUAUUCCUGGCGCAGUACCACGAAGUGCAAGAUAAAGUCCGACAAGAACUCCUUGAGGUAUCGCGAGGUGAAACAGUGACAAUGGACGACUUUGCUAACUUACAUUACACUAGGGCAACCAUUGCUGAAACAGCCAGAAUUAGGACUUUGGCACCAACAGGAUUGCCACACUCUGUCUCCGAAACUAUUUCUGUUGAAGGUUUUACAAUCCCAAAAGGCGCUAUGAUAUUGCCAUUGUUGUGGGCUAUCCACAUGGAUCCAAACGUCCACGAGAAGCCGGACGAGUUUCGUCCUGGAAGGUUUUUGGACGACGAAGGAAAUUUUUCGAACCGGAGUCGUUCCUUCCGUUUCAAAGCGGUAAAACGGGAAUUGUAG